GCAUCUGACUGUCAGUUGUGAUUGUAUCUUCAAAGGUUGCGUUACAUAGAUAAGCAACACAAGAGACAUUUGUUGAGUUUGUGUUAUGAAAAAUGUGUUAGUUUAAGAACAAAGUGUACACGACAUGAGUGAGCUGUUCAAAUCCGCUUUCGGCUAUUUCAGCACGCCGAACGCGUCCGCAGGAGCGAGCGACAAUAGUUUCGUUGGGCAAACGAUCGAAAUCUCGAACGUUAAGUUAAGAAUAAAGAAGGUGAUCGCUGAAGGCGGUUUUGCGGUUGUAUUCGUCGCGCAGGAUGUCGCCACAGGCAAAGACUAUGCACUCAAGAGGCUGCUGGCAGCUGAUGAAGAAGCCAAAAGAAACAUCAUCAAUGAAAUAAACGUGUUUAAGAAACUUUCUGGACAUCCAAAUGUGGUGCAGUACUUAACAGCUUCCUACAUUGACCAGACACAGACAACUCAUGGUCAACAUGAGUUCCUACUGGUAACAGAAUUGUGCAAUGGUGGGUCAUUGAUGGAAAUCCUUCAGACUAGGACGACUGCUUUUGAUCCAGAGACUGUUUGUAAGAUUAUCUAUCAGGCUAGCAAGGCAAUCGCGCAUAUGCACGGGCAGAAUCCGGCUGUUUUGCAUCGAGACAUUAAAAUUGAAAACUUCCUGAUUGGCACUGAUGGCAAUAUUAAACUAUGCGACUUUGGCUCGGCGACUAUGGAGAUAUAUCGGCCGGAUAUUUCAUGGAGUGCUAAUAAACGCACUACACUUGAAGAAAAUUUAGCGAAAUUUACUACACCGAUGUACCGGGCACCGGAAAUGCUUGACACGUGGAGUAAUUAUUACGUUGGUACACCGGUGGAUGUGUGGGCGUUAGGGUGUAUUUUAUACACGCUCUGCUACAUGAAACAUCCCUAUGAAGACAGCGCCAAGUUGCGCAUCAUCAAUGCCAAUUAUACACUACCGCCAGAUCCAAAGUACGCCUGCUUUCACGACGUGAUUCGCGGUUGCUUCCAAGUGAAUCCCGAGCAACGUUUCACAAUCUCAACGGUAUUGGACCGCAUCGCCGCCAUUGCUGAAACGAAAGGUUUCAACCUGCGCGCGCCGAUUGAAAAUCUCAAACCGAAAUUGUUAGAUGGUGAUAAUGAUUCCGGGUUUGGCGAGGCGACAAAUGGCACAAAAGUUCCACCGCCCAGACCCACACCGCCUUCCGCUGUUAAUAACAAUCACCCACAGAAUAAUCCACCGCCACGUCCCAAUCCACCUCCGUCUAGACCUCCACCAAUGCAGAAUAAUACUCCUAUGGUGCAAAGACAGCCUCCAACUCCUGCAAAUGCACCGGUUGCAGGCGGUGGAAGUUUGUUUUCAUCGAUUAAAGGCGGCGCGGGGAGUUUUUUCAAAGGUUUGAAGGAUACCAGCACGAAGGUUAUGGCAACGAUGCAACAAUCAAUCGCAAGAACCGAUCUGGAUAUAAGCUAUAUCACAUCGAGAAUAAUUGUUAUGCCGUAUCCGUCCGAGGGUAUCGAAUCGGCCUAUCGCACGAAUCACGUGGAAGACGUGAAGGUGUUUCUGGAGACGCGUCACCCCAACUCAAAGUACUCCGUGUACAAUCUCUCUGGGCGUUCGUACCACUCGAAAUUCGGUAGUGGCGUACGCGUUGUCGAUUGCAGCUUCGCAUAUCCCGAACAUUACAAAGCGCCGUUGCUGAACUCAAUGUAUCAGUUAUGCGAAGAUAUUUAUCAAUAUUUAGCUGGUGAUAGUAGGAAUCUAUGUGUUAUUCACUGUAUGGAUGGUAAAGCUACUUCUGCAACAAUGGUCUGUGCAUUAAUGCUCUACGCGCAAGUUUUCCGUAUGCCCGAAGACGCAAUGCAAUUAUUCGCUGUGAAACGCUGUCCGCCGCAGAUGCGCGCCUCCGAAUCACGCUAUCUGUACUACAUGGCCGAUAUACUUAACAAUCCGCCGGUUUAUCCGCAUUAUAAACCGAUUACACUGGUUUCGCUUCAAAUGCAGCCGGUGCCGUUGUUUACCAAGGUGCGUGAUGGCUGCCGGCCGUACAUUGAAGUCUACAGUGAAAACCGAUGUAUUUUAUCCACGCUGCAAGAAUAUGAAUCUAUGCGACUGUUUAAUAUUGCCGAAGGAAAGUGUACGCUUCAAAUUAACGCUACAGUUUGCGGUGAUGUGUGCGUAACAGUCUAUCACGCUCGGAAUAUACUGGGUGGUGUGAUGACGCAGGGUAAGGCGACAGGACUGAAAAUAUGCCAGUUUCAAUUUCAUACUGGAUUCAUCCAGGAGGAGGACACGAGCAUGCGUUUUACUAAAGGUGAUCUUGAUUCGAUCUCAGAGAGUCCUGAACAUUAUCAGGAGAAUUUCAAUGUGACUGUGAGUAUUUUCGUGUCGGACGCGGAAAGAAAACCCUCACAGCCCGCGCCGUGGUAUAGAGAUCACACCGAACGGAGUAUCGACUCAGUUUUUGGCUCGCAACUUGAAAAGGAAGAAGUUUUGGACAAUUUUCUCACAAAAGCCAAACCUGCACCUCCUCCGAGACCUCAAGCGAAACCUGCUAGACCCGCACCGCCUGCAGUUGUCAACCAGAUGAAAGACAGUAGUGAUUCUGAAGGAGAAUACACUUUUGUUGACACAGGUCCCAAGCAAAACCAACAACAACAUGAGGUCACAGAAGCUGUGGACUUGUUAAACCUAAACUCUUCACCGCUUCCGCCGCAAGCCACAACGACGCACACGUCGCCGAGUUCGAAUUUCGAUCUACUCUCCGGCACUGAUCCGGUCUUUGGCGACUUCACAUCGGCAACUAACACUAACAGCACCAACAACAAGGAUAUCUUUGAUCCUUUCGGUUGGGCUACCGCGGAUAUACAAGCGACGCCUCAGCCUGCGACAGUUAAAACAAAUCCACCACAAAAAUCGGACGAUUUGUUCGCUGACUUGGGCAUGGAUUUCGGCGCCAUGCCGAAACCUGCCAACACUCCACAAUCCACACAGCCGACCACACCGCAGCAUCAAGCUAAAUCGCCCAUGAAUCCGGAUUACAGCCGGUCUCAUUUUGAUACUGCGUUUGGCAAGAAACCGACACCGCCGAAUGCGGGCGCUGGCGCGCAAAGCACCGCUGAGAAUAAACCGACGAUGGAUAUCUUUGGGGAUCUGCUCGGAUCACAAGGAUAUCAGUUCACAGCGAAGAAGGAUCAAGGCCCGCGUACGAUGAAUGACAUGCGUAAAGAGGAGCUGGUGCGUGAGAUGGAUCCAGAGAAGUUGAAGAUCAUGGAGUGGCUGGAGGGCAAGAAGCAUAACAUUCGUGCGCUGUUGUGUUCGAUGCACACGAUUCUAUGGGAGGGCGCCAAGUGGAAUAAGUGUGAGAUGCAUCAGUUGGUUACGCCUGCUGAUGUGAAGAAGACUUAUCGAAGGGCUUGUCUAGCUGUACAUCCAGAUAAGCAAGCAGGGACUGAUAACGAGAAUCUAGCAAAGAUGAUUUUUAUGGAGCUGAACAACGCUUGGACGGACUUUGAGAACGACGCCGCACAACAGAACAUGUUCUCCAGUUAGGAGACGAUAUAUUAAUCCAGUAAUCCUGCAAUCCCAAUUCUUGCAAUCAUUAUUUAGGCGACGAGAGAUUUACUUGCAAACCACCGUGUUUAAAUAUAUAGAUAUUGUUAACUUGAAAUUUGCCCUCUAAAAAACAAACCCUGGCUGGUUGCUGAAGACAUUCCAAUAUCUCUCAUAGUAACAUGUUACAAUAUGUAUACAUAUUUAUUGAAUUUAAAGAGUGUAUAUAAAUAUAAUGGAGAUAUAUAGUUGAAAAACAA